AUGUCGGUGUCGGGUGCAGAGGUUUGUAGCGGUGAUCGAGCUGAAUCGAGUCGACUUUUCGUUCAGUGCCAAAAGAAAUGUCCGAAGAUCGUGACUGAUUUUGGAUGUUCACUAGAGAGCUCGGGAGGGCCUGAUGGUGGCCAUUCAGUGGUGGAGGUAGAUUGGUCCGGACUAGCUUGGAAGGCUGGAUGCAGAAACCGUGACGUAAUCGUGGCGGUGAAUGCUGCCGAUAUGAAGGUGACGGAUGUGGGUCAUAGUUCUCUCGUCGAGUAUCUGAGAGACAAUGGACAAACAUGUUCUCUGCUAAUUAAGCGUGAUCAGGAGAGUGUGACUAACUUCUACUGGAUAGCAUUCCAUGUCAAAGUCAAGGGACGGGAACCCAUUGUCAAAUCGAAGAGGCUAAGCGUCGGACCCGAUAUCAACAACGCAAAGCAUGUCCAUGAGGCCUUGCCGCCAUGGGCCCGCCCAACCAGGUCCUGGUCUUCUACUCGCAAGUUCCGGUAUGAUGGGUCUGGAAAGAUCCGCCUGGUGUCAGGACAAAGUUCAAGCACAGAUCGCUACUUGGGAUUCUUUGUAAAUUCUCGAGCUCCAGAUCUAGAGCCUCGGGCAGAGCCUAAAUUCACCAUAGAUGAUUUUGUUUUGAAUAUGCACAAAUACGAAGCUACCAGUGACUCAGUCCCGGGGACGGUGGUUGCAUUUUCAAGCGAACCCCGAAGAAACGACACGGAGAUGCAUACCCGGAUGCAUACUCUCGGCGGGACUCUCGGUUGCUUCGAUAGAUCAAGUAGUUCAAGUAGUGUCGACGAGGAAGAUGAAACCGAGAUCGACGGAGAAGCUUGCCAGUGCUUGUCGGGAAGUACAAGCGGUCCAUUGAUGUUGGAAGAUUUUCCGUCGUGGAUGACUAACAAGGAACACAAAAUAUGUGGAAACCGUCGUAUGUUCCUUUAUACUCUAAAUAAGAACGGAACAGGCUCCCUAUCGGCUCUCAGUAAUGACAAGUUGUACGUCACGUCUGAUUCCAAAGGCCCAGCCUGUCUGAAAAGAACGAGGAGUGAGUUGACACUCCUGCAGGUGGAGACAUCAUCAUCAAUCUACCCUAAUGUACAUGACGUCGAAUCCUAAAGAUAUACCAGACCGGUUUUAUAUUAACAUAUACAAAAUAGGGGACCAAGUAUAGUGGCGAGUUACUCCAUUCACAUUUUUGUAAGGAAUAGACUACUUGGAAUCUUCUCUGCACACAUUACCUGUUGCUAUGUCGGGCAAGCCUCGGACGAGCUUCCAGGUUGUCAAGAACAACCUUUGUUUAAACAGUAUGCAUAAAUUUUGCAUGUGUUAGUAAACACAAUAUUGGAAAAAGAUGUGUGCACACAUGUACAUGUAUAUACAGUUUAACAACUAAAACAUUAAUCACUCUUGCAAAUUAGAUGCAAUUCUUGAGUUUUUCGUAACGCAAGAAUGAAAGGUGGACUUUAGGUUGAAUACUUUUAGAUGUAAAUUUGAAUAGGUCACAUUCUCAAGAAACAAAGAUAGGAACUUAUCAGAUUUCCACAUACAAAAAUACCUAACAAAUGACAAAACUUUGUAAGGGUAUAUGAAUAAUAUAGUUCUUAACUAGUUCUACUACACAUUAUCUUGUUGGCCUUUUACAUCAUCUUUAUAAACAUGCAGAAAACAACAGGUCUAUAUCAACUAUUGUAUGUACAGAUUUUAAAAAGGCUUUUGAUCGCUUGGAUCACAACAUUCUAAUUGAAAAAAUGGUUAAUAUGCACAUAAGACCUUGGAUAAUAAGUUGGAUCAUAAGUUUUUUAGAAUGUCGUAAACAAAGUACAUUAUAUAAUGGAACUCUGUCUGAUAUUAAAUUUUGUCAUGCCGGUGUUC